AUGUCUCUCACAGUCCUCACGGACGAGCAGAUACGACUACUGCUCGAGUCCUUGACCGCGGACGAGCUCGAGUCCUUCGUGCUGAAUCUCAAGGGCGCCCUUCAUGAUUACUCAAACGGUUCCCAGGUGCCCGGAGUGUCCGAUAUCCACCAACCUCACCGGCAGACGGUAAAUUCCUCAAGGACUGGCGCAACUACGCUGUUCAUGCCCUCGAGCAGCCCAGCCGGCGUCGGUGUCAAAGUCAUCACCCUCUCACCACCCCAGUCAAAACAAGAUGAGGCGGGAGGGAAACCCAAGAUCAAACCCGUCGGCGCCAUCACGCUCUUCUCCGAGACGGGCCAGCCCGUCGGCAUCCUGCACGCCUCGCAGCUGACGGCGUUCCGGACCGCCCUCGCGUCCGCCUGCCUCGUGGUCCGCCGCAACCGCGUCCACACCGUCACGGCCUUUGGCUCCGGCGAGCAGGCCUACUGGCACAUCCGGCUCGCGCUCAUGCUGCGCGGCUCGACCAUCCGCCAGGUCAACGUCAUCAACCGCCGCUUCUCGGAAUCGUGCAAGCACAUCCUGAAGCGGCUGUACGCGGUCCCCGCCGCCGUCAAGGAGCGCGAGGGCUGGCAGGACGCCCAGUUUGGUAUCCUCACGCCCGGGUACGGCGAGUUCGACCGUCUGCUCAAGGAGCAGGUCCGAGCAGCCGAUGUUAUCUUCUGCUGCACGCCCAGCAGGGAGCCGCUGUUCGACCACUCCUUCCUCACCAACGGCGAAGGCCGCCGCAAGGGCCGGCUUAUCGUCGCCAUCGGCAGCUACACGCCCGAUAUGCUCGAGAUCCCCCUCGAGGUGGUGCACCAGGCCGUCCGGACCCACGAGCCAGGUCACAGGCACUUUCACAAACACGCCACCGAGGGCGGUGUCGUCAUCGUGGACACCCUGGACGGCGCAUUACAGGAGGCCGGGGAGAUCAUCCAGGGCGGCCUGACGCCCAAGCAGCUUAUCGAGCUGGGCGAGCUGGUCAUGCUGCACCGCAUCAAGAUGGACGAGGAGUCCUCCUCAGACGAUACGGGCAGCCUCAUCUCCAGCAGCGGCGCCAGCACGACGCCGUCCUCGGACCUCGAGAAGCUGAGCCUCGGCUCCGGGCCGUCCAUGUCGUCCGUCUACAGCAGCAACACCGACGAGUCGGAUAGCCGCCCGCCCAGCCGCCCGGGCUCGCUGUUCCACAGGCGCAAGACCAGCCAGAGCAGCAGCUCCGACGGCGCCGGCAAGAGGAAGAAGGAGCGCGAGGACCAUAUGUGCCGCUGGCUGCAGGCGGGCAACGUCAUCUACAAGAGCGUCGGCCUGGGGCUGAUGGACCUCACGGUCGGGAUGAAGGUGAUCGAGUUCGCUCGGGACAAGGGCGUCGGCACGCACGUGGCUGGGUUCUAG